AAGUGGAUUGGCGCUGUUGGCAAAGCGCUGUAAAACACGCCAACCCAAAUAUAGCCCCAUAGUAUGCGCUACCAAAGACGCGUGACGCAUGGACGAGUGGAGAUUGCUUACGGAAACCUCACAGGUUGAGUGAUGUAGGAGAUUGCCGGACACAUAGACGUGUUGAGUGAUUAUAGCUGUAUACUGAAACCUCAAGGGUUGAGCGAGGUUUGAGAUUGCCAGACACAUGGACGCGUUGAGUGGAUAGCUGCAUACUGAAAACCAACGGGUUGAGUGAUGUUAGAGUGCUGGACACAUAAACGCGUUGAGUGAGGAUAGACACAUACUGAGCCUCACAGGUGAUUUGUGAUGGAGAUUGCCGGACAUAUAGACGUGUUGAGUGAGGAUAGCUUCAUACUGAAACCUCUCAGAUGCGUUGGUAUUUGAACGCAGACGCGCUGCGUGGGGAUAGCUACAUACUGA